CCUCUACAGCUCCUACGACAUCACCGGGUGCUGUCGUGACCUGGACCAGGCGUGCAUGGAGGCGGUGGCGGCGCUGCUGAGGGGCCUCCCGCUGCAGCCCGAGGAGAGCGACCGCGGCGACCUGAUGGAGGCGAAGUCACAGCUGUUCCUCAAGUACUUCACACUCUUCAUGAACCUCCUCAACGACUGCAUGGAAGCCCAAGAGGUUGAGAAGGACAUCAGCCGUCAGCGUCCAGCCCGGCAAGCUGUCCACUUUCGCAACGCCACCAUCCAGGCCAUGUCCAACCUGCUGUCCGCCAACAUUGACUCUGGCCUAAUGCACUCCAUCGGCCUGGGCUACCACAAGGACCUGCAGACACGAGCCGCCUUCAUUGAGGUGCUGACCAAGAUCCUGCAGCAGGGGACGGAAUUUGACACCCUGGCGGAGACUGUGUUGGCGGACCGCUACGAACAACUGGUGCAGCUGGUGACCAUGAUAGGCGACAAGGGGGAGCUGCCUAUCGCCAUGGCCCUCGCCUCAGUGGUGGUCACCCCGCAGAUGGAUGAGCUGGCGCGUGUGUUCGUGACCCUGUUUGACGCCAAGCACCUGCUAUCGCCCCUUCUGUGGAAUAUGUUCUACAAGGAGGUGGAGGUGUCCGAUUGCAUGCAGACGCUCUUCAGGGGAAACUCACUGGGCAGCAAAAUCAUGUCCUUCUGCUUCAAGAUCUAUGGGGCGUCCUACCUCCACAACCUGCUGGAGCCGCUGAUCCGCCCGCUGGUGUCGGACUGCGCCGUCUCCUACGAGGUGGACCCCGCCCGCCUGGACCCCUCGGAGGACGUGGAUGAGAACCGCCGGAACCUGAUCGCCCUGACCCAGCGUGUGUUUGGGGACAUUGUCUGCUCCUCCGAGAAGUUCCCGCCCCAGCUGCGCAGCAUGUGUCACUGUCUGUACCAGGUGCUGAGCAAGAGGUUCCCGCAGUUCCCCCAAAACAACAUCGGCGCAGUGGGAACCGUCAUCUUCCUCAGGUUCAUCAAUCCAGCCAUAGUGAGUCCGUGCGAGACCGGCAUACUCGACCAGCAACCCAGCGGACCCAUCAAACGCGGACUUAUGCUGAUGUCCAAGAUCCUGCAAAACAUCGCAAACCAUGUGGAAUUCAGCAAAGAACAGCACAUGGUUCCCUUCAACGACUUCGUGAGGCAGCAUUUCGAGGGGGCGCGGCGGUUCUUCAUCCAGAUUGCCAGCGACUGUGAGAGCGUGGAACAGGCCAGCCACUCCAUAUCCUUCAUCAGCGACGCCAAUGUUCACGCCCUCCACCGCCUCCUGUGGAACCACCAGGAGAAGAUAGGCGAGUACCUCUCCAGCAGCCGUGACCACAAGGCCGUAGGCAGGCGACCCUUCGACAAGAUGGCAACACUGCUGGCCUACCUCGGACCUCCGGAACACAAACCUAUUGACUCACAGUGGAGCAGCAUGGACAUGACCAGCACCAAGUUUGAGGAGAUCAUGUCCAAACACAACAUGCACGAGAAGGACGAGUUCAAGAGCAUCAAGACCCUCAACAUCUUCUACCAGGCCGGCACCUCCAAGGCCGGCAACCCUGUCUUCUACUACAUUGCCAGGAGAUACAAGAUCGGGGAGACCAACGGCGACCUGCUGAUAUACCACGUCAUUCUGACCCUCAAGCCUAUCUGUCGCAAGCCCUUCGAGCUGGUGGUGGACUUCACACACACCUGCGCCGACAACAGGUUCAGGACUGAGUUUCUACAGAAGUGGUUCGUGGUGCUGCCCGAGGUUGCUUACGAGAACAUCCACGCGGCGUACAUCUACAACGCCAACUCUUGGGUGCGCGAGUACACCAAGUACCACGACCGCAUCCUGGCGCCCCUGAAGGGCCACAAGAAGCUGGUAUUCCUUGACGCGCCAGCUCGCCUUAAUGACUACAUAGACCCAGACCAACAGAAGCUGCCGGGGGCCACAACCUCCCUGGACGAGGACCUCAAGGUGUUCAACAAUGCCCUCAAACUGUCCCACAAGGAUACCAAAGUGGCCAUCAAGGUGGGACCGUCCGCCAUCCAGGUGACCUCCGCUGAGAAGACCAAGGUAUUGAGCCAUUCCGUGCUGCUUAACGAUGUCUACUAUGCCUCGGAGAUAGAGGAGGUCUGUCUGGUGGAUGACAACCAGUUCACACUGACGAUCGCCAACGAGUCCGGUCCGCUCUCCUUCAUCCAUAAUGACUGUGACAGCAUCGUGCAAGCCAUCAUCCAUAUCAGGGCCAGAUGGGAGCUGUCUCAACCGGACUCCGUGACCGUCCACCAGAAAAUCCGGCCCAAGGACGUCCCUGGCACCCUGCUCAACAUGGCCCUGCUCAACCUUGGCUCCCUGGACCCCAACCUGCGCACUGCUGCCUACAACCUGCUCUGUGCCCUCACUGCGACCUUUGACCUCAAGAUUGAAGGACAGCUGCUGGAGACCUCAGGGCUGUGCAUCCCCUCCAACAACACCAUCUUCAUCAAGAGUGUGAGUGAGAAGCUUGCCGCCAACGAGCCACAUCUCACCCUGGAGUUCCUGGAGGAGUGCAUUCAGGGCUUCCGCGCCUCAUCCAUAGAACUGAAACACCUCUGUCUGGAGUACAUGACGCCCUGGCUGCCAAACCUCACAAGGUUCUGCAGCCACCCGGAUGACAAGAAGAAGGCCAAGGUUGCCAUGAUCCUGGACAAGCUGAUCACCCUGACCAUUGAGGAGGUGGAGAUGUACCCCUCAAUACAGGCCAAGAUAUGGGGCAACAUUGGACAGGUGUCGGAGCUCAUCGACAUGGUGCUGGACUCCUUCAUCAAGCGCUCGGUGACGGGCGGCCUGGGGUCUGGCCAGGCGGAGAUCAUGGCGGACACGGCGGUGGCCCUCGCCUCGGCCAACGUGGCGUCCGUGGCCAAGAAGGUGAUCGGACGGCUGUGCAGGGUUAUCGACAAGACCUGCACCUCGCCAACACAGACCCUGGAACAACACUUGAUGUGGGAUGAUAUAGCCAUCCUCGCCCGCUACCUGCUCAUGCUUUCCUUCAACAAUUGCUUGGAUGUGGCUCGGCACCUCCCAUAUCUCUUCCAUAUCAUCACCUUCCUUGUGUGCACCGGGCCUAUAUCCAUGAGGGCCUCGACGCACGGCCUAGUCAUCAAUAUCAUCCACUCCCUCUGCACCUGUACCAAGCCAUCGUUUCUCGAGGAUACCCAGCGUGUGCUCCGGCUCUCCCUGGAUGAGUUCUCGCUACCCAAGUUCUACCUCCUCUUCGGCAUCAGCAAGGUCAAGAGCGCAGCCGUCACUGCCUUCCGCUCAUCCUACAGGCACACUGGGGAAAGAGGCCUGAGGUGGGUGCUAAGGUUCGGCCCUGACCGCAGCCUCUCCUACAACAUGACGGACCGGGAGAAGCUGUCCCUCACUUCCCUGGAGACCAUUACGGACGCCCUGCUGGAGAUGAUGGAGGCUUGCAUGAGGGACAUUCCAGAGUGUGACUGGCUGCAAGUCUGGACCGGCCUAGCCAAGAACUUUGCCUUCCAGUACAACCCAGCGCUGCAGCCACGGGCCCUCAUUGUGUUCGGCUGCAUCAGCAAGAGUGUCGUGGACCUGGACAUCAAGCAGCUCCUGAGGAUACUGGUGAAGGCGCUGGAGAGCUUCUCGGACAUAACACUCAUAGACUCCAUCAUCAUGUGUCUGACGCGCCUCCAGCCACUCCUCAGGCCGGAGUCGCCCAUCCAUCAGGCACUGUUUUGGGUAGCCAUCUCUGUGCUUCAGCUUGACGAAGUGGCACUCUACGCGUCAGGCCUGGCACUCCUGGAACAAAAUCUUCACACCCUGGACUCACAAGGCAGCUUUGACAACAAUACCAUUGAGCAGGUGAUGAUGUCUACCAGAGUGUCGCUGGAGUGGUUCUUCAAGCAACUCGAUCACUCCGUGGGACUCAGCUUCAAAGGCAACUUCCACUUUGCCAUCGUGGGCCACCUCCUGAAGGGCUUGAGGCACCCAGCACCCACCACUGUGUCCCGUACCUCCAGGGUCCUCAUCACUCUGCUGUCCAUAGUUGCUAAACCACACAAGAGAGACAAGUUUGAGGUGACCCCAGAGAGCGUGGCGUACCUUGCCGCCCUGGUGUCAGUGUCCGAGGAGGUCAGGUCGCGAUGUCACCUCAAGUUCUCCGUGGCCCGCAACCUCUCGAAAUCCGCCUCCUCAGAUACCUUUGCUGUUGGACUCCACCUCAACCUCACCAGCACCUCCUCCUCCUCCUCCUCCACGGGGCAGGUCACAGGGGGCAUGGGGGGUCAGGCUGCACCCCCAUCCGCCCCGCAGCAACACCCCGUGGCUGGCAGUGGUGGGGCGACCUCACCAAGCAACCAUGUACAUUCUCCAGGCUCAUCCUUCCCCACACUGGGCAGUCUGGGUAGCAUUGCUAACUCCUCAGCAUCCAGCAUGGUGACCCUGGCCAGCGUGGGCAGCGCGGCGACGGUGGCGGUGGGCAGCGCGGGCAACGGGCUGUGUGGGGCGGCGGCUGCGGCGGCUGCGGGGCUCUCCGGGGGCAGCGUCAGCACCGGGAACAUCAGCGGGGUGGGGGCGGGCUGGGGGGGGGACCAGCGCCCGCCCCCGACCAUCACCAAGGACCCCCCGCCACCCCCCUCGGUCCCUGCCAACCGCAGACACAAGCCCUGGGAGCCUGUGGACACCAUGUGCUUGACCCAGGGCGACAUCUCCCCCCCGGCCAAGGAACGCGGCGCCCGGAUCAGCGUCAGCAACGAGAACAACAUCCUGCUGGACCCGGAGGUGCUGACGGAGUACUCCACGCAGGCGCUGGUGCUGACGGUGCUGGCCACGCUGGUCAAGUACACCACCGACGAAAACGAGAUGCGCGUCUUGUACGAGUAUUUGGCAGAGGCAUCCGUCGUCUUCCCUAGAGUGUUCCCCGUCAUCCACCCCCUGCUGGACGCCAAAAUCACCUCGGUGCUCUCGCUGUGCCACGACGGAGUGAUCCUCAGCGCCGUGCAGUCCAUCAUCCAGAACAUGGUGGCUUGCGAGGACCAGGCGCACCAGCAACUCCACCAACUUCAGAGCUGGGGCUUUGGCGGACUGUGGCGCUUUGCUGGACCAUUCACCAAGAACAACUGCACGGCGGACAACGCAGAGCUCUUUGUCAACUGCCUCGAAGCCAUGGUGGAGACGGCCCUGCCAGCGGACGGAGACGAGGCCUCGGAGAUGGAGCUGGCCCAGUACCCCUCCAUGCUCUCCGUGGCAUCCGUCAACCUGUCCUCAUCCAUGUCCUCACUCACCCUCGCCUCACCCACCGAGAAGGAGGUGGAGGGCAGCGAGGCCCUGGCGCAGAACCUCCCUCCGUGCAGCCGUGCCAAGCCGGGCCUGCCCACCAUCAUGGCCAAGCAGCGGUCGUUCCGUUGCAAGCUGGCCAACAAAAGCAAGUAGCUAGGGCGAAGGCUGGUGGCCCUCCCCAACCCCCUGCGCUCCUCCCCCUCCCCCAAGACCUAGGGACACGAGGGGAUGGACGGAGACAGCGCCCAGACCAGUGUCGGAGUGGAUGCCAAGGAACAGAGGGAUGGAAGCUGACAAGGGAUGGAAGGGGUGUGUGGUGGCCCUCCCCGACCCCCUGCGCUCCUCCCCCUACCCCGAGACCGCUGCGACGAGACCAGACCAAGGAAGGAACGGAGUGGAAUGGGAAGGAAGGAGAGGUGGAGUGUAUGAGAGGCGUGUGAGGCUGGAAGGAAGGGGAAGGAAGGGAAGAGAAGGAAUGGCAAGGAAGGGAAGGGGAGGGAAGAGAUGGAGCUGGCAAGGGAAGGAAUGGGAAGGAAGGUAAAGAGGGAAGAAGGAAGGAAGGAAGGAAGGAUAGGAAAAGCAAUGAUGAGAAGGACUUGAAGGAAGGAAGGAAGGAGGGAAAGGCAGCUGAUGUAAAAAGGAGAGAAAGAAAAGGAAAGGAAGAAGGAAGUGAGGGAGGGAGGGGAAUGUGGUGCUAGCAAAGGAAGGGAGGGGAAUGUGGUGCUAGUGGAGGAAGGGAGGAAGGAAGGAAGGAAGGAAGGAAGGAGGGGAAUGUGGUGCUAGUGGAGCAAGGGAGGAAGGAAGGAAGGAAGGAGGGAGGGGAAUGUGGUGCUAGUGGAGGAAGGAAGGAAGGAAGGAAGGAAGGUUUGGGAGGUGUUCUGGGGACAGCCACAAGAGCCACUCCAAUCUGUGUGUGUGUGUGUGUGUGUGUGUGUGUGUGUGUGUGUGUGUGUGUGUGUGUGUGUGUGUGU